UAGUACUGGUGAACCUAUAUUUGUUGUUCGCGUUUUGAAGUUCUCUUUCGCGACACAGGAAAGAAAGAUCGAGGUUUCUCUUCACUCAUCCUUCGCCCUAGCUGCGUAUCCCUACCACCGUUCUAGACAGGACCUACACUUUCUUUUUGUUGCAGAACAUAGAAAAUAGAUGGGAUUGUCGAAUGCUUCUGAGGAUUUGUCAUCAGAGAUGGAGGUUGAUGCCUUUAGACGCCUUUUUCCACUUCGAUAUUUUGAGCGUCAUCUUGCUGAAUCUAUAAGGCCAGAUGGUAGACCACUUGGAAAAGCUAGAGAAACAAGUAUUUUUCUUGGUGCUGUUGCGUCUGCUAAUGGGUCGGCUCUUGUGAAGAUUGGAUCAACUACUAUGUUGACUGCUAUUAAAAUGGAAGUCAUGACUCCCUCCUUGGAGUCUCCAGAUGAGGGCUGUCUAGCUAUUGAUUUCCACAUGCCUCCAAUUUGUUCUCCGAUUGUUAGGCCUGGCAGGCCUGCUGAAGCAUCACCGGUGGUAUCAAAGCAGUUGUCUGACACCAUUUCAAGUUCUAGAAUGAUUGAUUUGAAAGAAUUGUCCUUGGUUGGUGGAAAAGCUGCAUGGAUGGCUUACCUGAAUGCUGCCUUCUCUAUCAUGCAGGAUAUCUAUUGUUUGGAUGCUGAUGGUGCUCUUUUUGAUGCUGCAUUAAUUUCUGCAGUUGCUGCCUUAUCUCAUUUGCAAAUUCCUGCUGUUGCCAUGAAUGAUGAUGGCAAAAUAGUACUCGUGUCUGGCGAAGAUGGACAAAAGCCAGUCAAUAAGGAGAAGAGGAAGCUUACAUUAAGAAGCAUUCCAUUCUCAUUAACAUGCAUACUUCACAAGAAUUACAUCUUGGCAGAUCCUACUGCUGAAGAAGAAUCUAUUAUGGAAACCCAUGUGACAAUAGUUUUGGAUACAUCCGGUCAACUAAUAUCUCUUUACAAGCCUGGUGGGCCAGCUCUUGCCUAUACUUCUGCUAUCCAGGAUUGUGUCGGGCUAACGGGGCAAAGAGUAAAGGAACUAAAGAGCUACUUAGACAAAGAAAAUUCUGCUAUGGAGGUGGUGGUUUGAGUAGAAUUAUUAAUUACACAGUAAUCUUUUUUGUCCUGAAUGGUUGUUUAAAUUAUUAUAGUAUUUGUACAUUCAGGAAUCAGGAUCACAGGUACUGUGGCCUUUCACUAUAAAAGAAAUUAUUUUACGAAUUUAUUCCAUCUAUUGGAACAUUAAUUUGUUGUCAUUUCGGCAUUUGAUUUCACAUA